AUGCGCGCACAACUACUCCUCGUGGCGAGCACAUUAGCCCUCCAGAAGGUCCCCCUGCAGCGCCAGGCCACGACGCGACGACGCCUCAGUGUAGGCGGCCGGACGGACCUCAAGACCUGCGACGACAACGUCUUCUACGCGGAGGCGUCGCUCGGGACGCCGCCGCAAACUUUCCAACUAUUAAUCGACACGGGCUCCAUCGGGGGAUUGGGUAUUGGGCGAUCCGUUCCUGCGGGCUUUUUAUUUGGCGUUGGACUUCGACGAGGAUCGCGUGGGCGUGGCGCCGUCGUUUCCGCUCGGCUCUCAUCCGGCGCGCAUCGUGCGGGCGUCCGAGGGCGCGCCGGCCGACGAGGCCGAGGACGCGACGUGCCGCGACGACCCGGCCUUCUUCUACGGCGGCGACGAGGACAACGACUGCGCGCACGUCGCCGCCAAGCCCUCGCGGUGCGACGACUCGGACAAUAACGAUGGAGAGCGCACGGCGCGGGAGGCCUGCGCGAAGACGUGCGGCACAUGCCCGACGCCGGGGCCGACGGCGUCGGAGGAGGCGUGCGCGGACGACGCUUCCUGGUACUACGAUAACGACGAAGAUCGGGAUUGUGAACAUGUCGCGGCGAACGCGCAAAGUCGGUGCGACGCCGAUAAUACUAACGACGAGGGCGUCACGGCGUUGGAGGCCUGCCGCGUGACGUGCGGCGCGUGCCCCGCCGCGACGCCCGCGACCGAGGGCCCGACGCCCGAAGCGAAGGAGCCAACGCCGGCGCCGACGGCGGCCCCGUCCACGACCGUGGUCACGGAGGCUCCGACGGGCGCCUGCCAAGACUCGGCAACCUGGUUCUAUAGUGGAGAUGAAUGGAAGACGUGCGCGUACGUUGGCCAGGAGCUCAAGCGCUGCAAGGAAUCGAACGUCGACGACGAUGGUAUAUCAGCAUUGGAGGCCUGCCCCGUGACCUGUGACACGUGCGAUGCGGCGCCUUCACAAAAGCCGACGGCGGCACCCGUUCUACCAGUGACUGGUGAUGAUCAAUUUGACGACGACGACGAGCCGACGCAGAGCCCCGUGGCCAAUUGCGCCGACUCCCUCGAGUGGUACAUGUACAUCGGGAACGAGCUGCAGACGUGCGGCGCCGUCGCUGGUAAUCCAGAUCUUUGCAAGGUCGGCGAUACGGCGGAGAACUGCCGGAAGUCGUGUGGUACCUGUGGCGUGUUCGUGGAGACGCCGCGGCCCUCGACAAAACCGUCGCCGGCGCCCACGGAGGACUUCGAGGCCUCCGGCCGCGACCGCUCCGUGUCGGCGCGGGGGCUCCCGGCGAUGGGCUGGCUCCUCGUCUUCGUCGUCGUCGGUUUGGUCGCCGCGGCGGUCAUGUGUCUCGUCUGUCGGAAAAGACGGUCUUCUGCGCGACUCAACUCCGAGGACAACUGGCAGGCGCAGUGGUCGCAGGUCUCGAGCACGACGCCGGCCGGGGGCGCCGUCGAGCUCCACCAGGUGGGUGUGCGGAACCCGAUGGCCGAUCAUCGCGAGAAGGGGUUCUCGGACGUGAACCUGGGCGUGUAG